GGAGCCCACGUGUGUGUUUGUGUUUCACAUGGCGGCGCUCCUGCACAGGCUCCUGCGGGCCGAGCCUCGCGCCGUGGCCCUAGGCCACAGCGUGGGGCACCGGGAGGCCAGUCUGGGCCCGGAUUCCGGGGCCACGGUGAGAGUGCGCUUUGCUCCCAGCCCUACAGGCUUCUUGCACCUGGGUGGCCUCCGGACCGCUCUCUACAACUACAUCUUUGCCAAGAAGCACCAAGGGAGCUUCAUUCUGAGGCUGGAGGACACUGACCAGAGCCGACUGGUACCAAGGGCAGCAGAGAACAUUGAGGACAUGCUGGAGUGGGCAGGCAUCCCACCCGAUGAAAGUCCCCGUCGGGGUGGUCCUGCAGGGCCCUACAUCCAAUCACAGCGGCUGACACUGUAUGCCCAGGCCACAGAAGCAUUGCUGAAGUCUGGAGCUGCCUAUCCCUGUUUCUGUUCACCACAGAGGCUGGAGCUCCUGAAGAAUGAAGCCCUGAGGAACCGGCAGACACCACGGUAUGACAAUCGUUGCCGGAACCUGAGCCAGGCACAGGUGGCCCAGAAGUUGGCCGUGGACCCCAAGCCUGCUAUCCGCUUCCGCCUGGAGGAAGCAGCACCAGCCUUCCAGGACCUUGUAUAUGGCUGGACUCAGCAUGAAGUGGCCAGUGUAGAGGGGGAUCCAGUUAUCCUGAAGAGUGAUGGCUUUCCCACCUACCAUCUAGCCUGUGUGGUAGAUGACCACCACAUGAGCAUCAGCCAUGUGCUGCGGGGCUCUGAGUGGCUCGUCUCCACCUCUAAGCACCUGCUCCUCUACCAGGCCCUGGGCUGGAAGCCGCCUCAAUUUGCUCAUCUGCCCCUGCUCCUCAACAGGGAUGGUAGCAAGCUGUCUAAGAGACAAGGGGACAUUUUCCUGGAGCAUUUUGCUGCUGCUGGUUUUCUGCCUGAAGCCUUACUUGACAUCAUCACCAACUGUGGCUCAGGGUUUGCAGAGAACCAAAUGGGCAGGACCCUGCCGGAGCUGAUAACACAGUUUGACCUGACCCGGAUCACCUGCCACUCAGCCCUGCUGGACCUGGAGAAGCUCCCAGAGUUCAACAGGCUGCACCUGCAACGGCUGGUGAGCAGUGAGACCCAGAGGCCCCAGUUGGUGGAGAAGCUGCAGACCCUAGUAAAGGAGGCAUUUGGGAAUCAACUGCAAGACAAGGAUGUUCUGGACCCAACAUAUCUGGAGAGAAUCAUCUUGAUGCGACAGGGCCACAUCAGCCGCCUGCAGGAUCUGCUCUCCCCAAUGUACUCCUACUUAUGGACUCGCCCUGUUGUCCAUAGAUCACAGCUGGGCAUUGACUUGGAAAAGGUGGACGUGAUUGUCAAACGCUUGCUAGGACUUUUAGAAAGAUCUGGUUUGAGCCUAACUCAGGAUGUGGUGAACAGAGAACUGAAGAAGCUAUCAGAAGGCCUGGAAGAUACCAAGUAUAGCAGUAUGAUGAAGCUGCUCCGAAUGAUCCUCAGUGGACAGCUGCAAGGACCCCCUGUGGCUGAGAUGGUGGUGUCCUUGGGUCCAAAGGAAGUACAGGAGCGAAUCCAGAAGGUGCUUUCUAGCCAAGGAGAAGAUACAUAGAACCAUGAAGGUGGCUCUGAAGGCUACAUGGAAACUGCAUUCUGAGGAAAUCAGGAGGCUUGGGGCCCAUUUGGACCCUUUCAGGAUGAACAGUAAUAGAAGCAGACUCUGGACUACCCUCAUCAGCUGGCCUUCGGGGAAGCCUAGCCUGUUUCACCUCACUGACUCUGGAAAGGAUGCACUUGAACUUACGUCUUGAUUUUCUUUUAGUUUUCUUUUAAUUUAUUUUAUUGUUUGUUUCUCAAGACAGGGUUUCUCUGUGUAACAGUCCUGACUGUCCUGAAACUGAUUUUGUAAACCAGUCUAGCCUCACACUCAUUGAAAUCUGCCUGCCUUUGCAUCCCAAGUGCUGGGAUUAAAGGUGUGUGCCAACACCA